UAAGUCACUCUGUGCCCUUCUAAAACCCUAAUUACUGGCCCCAACUCCUAUCGACUACUCUUCAAAAGCCAGGUUUUUGUUUUUGCAGAGAAUAUUUCCAAAUUUCUAUGGCUAAAAAUAAAGAAAAACCAUCAAGGGAAAUUCAACAAGAAGAAGAUGAACAAAUGGAACAAUCAGGAGAAGAAGAGGAGAAGAGCUUUGACGAGCUUGGUUUAGACCUCCGUCUAGUUCACGCACUAAGGAAAAAGGCCAUUGAGAAACCGACCCCAAUUCAAGAAGUUGCCAUCCCUCUCAUUCUAGAAGGCAAGGACGUGGUUGCGCGGGCUAAAACGGGUUCUGGGAAGACUUUUGCUUACCUUCUUCCUUUACUUCACAGGCUAUUCAAUGAGUCUUUAUCCAAGAGCAAGCUUGGCCCAGCCGCGUUAAUUCUCGUCCCAACCCGGGAAUUGAGCCAGCAGGUUUAUUCGGAGAUUAUAUCACUUAUUGAGCUUUGUAAGGGUCAAGUUCAAUUGAAAGUUGUGCAGUUGACUAGUAGCAUGCCUGCCUCUGAUUUGCGGGCUGCAUUGGCUGGACUGCCUGAUGUUGUGGUUUCUACUCCUGGUUGCAUACCAAAAUGUUUAUCUACUGGUGCACUUCAAUCCAAAUCUUUUAGUGAUUCACUAAAAAUUCUUGUUCUUGAUGAGGCAGAUCUUUUGUUGUCAUAUGGCUAUGAAGAUGAUCUGAAAGCUCUAACAGCUCUUGUGCCAAGAGGCUGCCAGUGUCUUCUUAUGUCUGCUACUUCAAGUUCUGAUAUUGAAAAACUAAAGAAGUUGAUUCUACACAAUCCCUUCAUUUUGACCUUGCCAGAAGUUAGAGAUGUUAAAGAUGAUAUUAUCCCCAAAAAUGUUCAACAAUUUUGGAUUUCAUGCAGUGAAAAUGAUAAGUUGCUUUACAUCCUUGCCCUUUUGAAGUUAGAGUUAAUUCAGAAAAAAGCUCUGAUAUUCACUAAUACAAUUGACAUGGGAUUCAGACUGAAACUAUUUUUGGAAAAGUUUGGUAUCAGGUCUGCUAUAUUGAAUGCUGAGCUACCUCAGAAUUCUCGUCUUCAUAUCCUUGAGGGAUUUAACGCUGGGCUUUUUGAUUAUUUGAUUGCAACUGAUGAUAGCCAAACAAAAGAUAAGGAGCAAGCUGACAGUGGUGGUCAUGCUGACUCAAGGAAAUCUAGAAAGAAUGCCAAGCCAAAAUUAGAUUCUGAAUUUGGUGUAGUGAGGGGAAUUGACUUCAAAAAUGUACACACGGUUAUAAAUUUUGAAAUGCCUCAAAAUGCAGCAGGAUACGUUCAUCGAAUUGGACGUACUGGAAGAGCCUACAAUACUGGUGCUUCAGUUUCUCUGGUUUCUCCUAAUGAGACGGAAGUCUUUGAAGAAAUUAAAUCGUUUGUGGGUGAUGAUGAUAACAAGGAGUCAAAUAUUAUUGCACCAUUUCCUUUGCUCACUAAGAAUGCAGUGGAAUCUUUACGAUACAGAGCUGAGGAUGUUUCUAAGAGUGUGACAAAAGUUGCCAUCAGAGAAUCACGAGCUCAGGAUUUAAGAAAUGAAAUUAUCAACUCCGAAAAGUUAAAGGCUCAUUUUGAAGUUAAUCCAAAGGACUUAGAUCUGUUAAAACAUGACAAGGUCCUGAGCAAGAAGCCCCCUGCUCCUCACCUACGCGAUGUGCCUGACUACCUUUUAGACCCAACUACUCAAGAAGCCCGCAAAAUGGUCAAAUUGGCAAGAGCUGUGAUGGGAAAUAGUAACCCUUCUCGUCGCCAGGGAUCUAAGAGAAAAUCUAGAAAAAAUGGCGAUCCUCUCAAGACUUUCUCGGCUGAGGGACCAAAGAGAGCUCAUAAAGGUGGGAUGAAGAAAGAGGGAAGAGAUGGUAAUGAUACUCCUAAACAUAAAAAGAUAAAAUCAGUCUGAUUUGCUUUCCGUCCAUUCAUUUUUUAUUAUUAAAUCUGGGGUGACAAGUGACAAUCAACCCCUGCAGUUUUGUACCAACCAAUCUGUUUCAAACCAAUUUUUAUUUCAUUCUAUUUUUUUGUUUA